GCUACAGCAAUAAACUGUGACAGCAAGACAAAGAAGCUACUCCCUCGCAUGUAGAUUCCAAGAUGGCAUUGGCAUUAAAGAAUAUUUUUGCAUCAGAUACAUCACAGAUAUUUAUCACAUUUUAAAGUGUACAGGAAAAUAUUCUACCUAAGAACUAAGAAGUAGUUCUUCUGAGUGAAACAUUUCUCUCCUUCAUUGCCUGGAAUAUGUACAAGACGAUUUUGUAUACCAAUUAACUGUUGAGACAUUUCCAAAGGGGGUUCGCAAUCCUUUUCUGAUAAUGAUAUAAAAGUUGAUGGAAAUAUUACUGUUGAAAUGUUUUGAUCAACAUAGGAAUAAAUAAAAAGAAAAGGGGAAAAAUAUCCAUAUAUUAUUGUGAAAAAAAAUAUAUACAGAAGAGUUUUUUGUGUGAGAAAUUUAAAAAUGAGUGUUUUGUUUUUCCCUGAAGAAUUGCCUAAGAUGGGAAAGCAAUCCUACCACUGUGAUACCUGCAAGAAGUCAUUCUCUGAGGAAAGUAGCCUUGUUACUCAUAAAUGUAUUCAUACAAGAGAAAAGUCAUUUGAAUGUGACAUCUGUGGUAAAUUUUUCACCACAAAAAGUAACUUAACUACUCACAAACGCCUUCAUACAGGAAAAAAGCCAUAUCACUGUGAUAUCUGUGGUAAAUUAUUCUUUCAAACAAGUGACUUAACUAAGCACAGACGUAUUCACACAGGAGAGAAGCCAUAUCACUGUGAUAUCUGUGGUAAAUCAUUCUCUCGAAGAGAUGACGUAUCUGUUCACAAACGUAUUCAUACAGGAGAGAAGCCAUAUCAAUGUGAUAUCUGUGGUAAAGCAUUCUCUCGAACAGAUGCUGUAUCUGUUCACAAACGUAUUCAUACAGGAGAGAAGCCUUAUCAGUGUGAUAUCUGUGGUAAAUCAUUCUCUCGAACAGAUGACGUAUCUGUUCACAAACGUAUUCAUACAGGAGAGAAGCCAUAUCAAUGUGAUAUCUGUGGUAAAGCAUUCUCUCGAACAGAUGCUGUAUCUGUUCACAAACGUAUUCAUACAGGAGAGAAGCCUUAUCAGUGUGAUAUCUGUGGUAAAUCGUUCACGGUAAUGAGCCAUGUAACUACUCACAGACGUAUUCAUACAGGAGAGAAACCUUAUUGCUGUGAUAUUUGUGGCAAAUCUUUCACUGUAUCUAGUAACUUAACUGAUCACAAACGCAUUCAUACACAAGAGAAGCCCUAUCACUCUGAUAUCUGUGGUAAAUCAUUAUCUGGAAAAGCUAACUUAACUAGACACAAAUAUAUUCAUACAGGAGAAAGAGCACAUUUCUGUGAUAUCUGUGGUAAAUCAUUUUCUCAAUGUAGUAUCUUAACUACUCACAAACGUGUUCAUACUGGAGAGAAACCAUAUCAAUGUGAUAUCUGUGGUAACACAUUUUCUCAAGUAAAUAGCUUAACUAGACACAAAUAUCUUCAUACAGGCGAAAAAACACAGUGCUGUGAAAUCUGUGGUAAAUUUCUUGCUAGUGGAAGUUCUUUAGCUAUACAUAAAUAUGUCCAUACUGGAGAAAAACUCUAUCGAUGUGAUAUCUGUGGUAAAUCAUUCUCUCAAUGUAGUAUCUUAAUUGCUCACAAACGUGUUCAUACUGGAGAGAAACCAUAUCACUGUGACAUCUGUGAUAAAUCAUUCUCUGUGUGUAGUAAUUUAAUUCAUCACAAACGGACUCACACAGGAGAGAAGCCAUUUCUCUGCGAUGUCUGUGGUAAGUCAUUCUCUCAAGGAAAUGCCUUAAGUACGCACAAACAUAUUCAUACAGGAGAGAAACCGUAUCACUGUGAUAUUUGUAGUAAGUCAUUUGCUUGUAGAAAUAGCUUAAUUGUUCAUGAGCGUAUUCAUACAGGGGAGAAGCCAUAUCGCUGUGAUAUUUGUGACAAAUCCUUCUCUGACAGAAAUGCCUUUAAUAGACACAAACGUGUACAUACAGGAGAGAAACCGUAUCGCUGUGAUAUUUGUGGUAAAUCUUUCUCUCAAAGUGGUCAAUUUACUAAUCAUAAACGAAUUCAUUCAGGAAAGUGACCAUAUCACUGUGGAAUCUGCAGUAAAUCAGUCUCUCGGAUAAAUAUGUUUUCUACCCACAAAUGUAUCCCUACUGGAACCAAACCAAGUGACGGAUUCGGUUGUUAAGCGUUCUUCCAUAGAAGUAACGAACAUGUGGGUUGUGGUAAAUUCAUUGCUACAUGUGUACUAAUUACUUUUUUGUUGAUUAAAUUAUUUUGUUUUUCUCAU